GAACAAUCCUCUGAAAGAUCCUGUCAAUGUUCCCAGAUUAGCAUUCCAACCAUCCUGCAAUUUUUGUGCGAGAGGACAACGUGGGGUUCUCUGAUAUUUGAUAGUACCUAGUCGUCGAUACGACAAUUGCAAAGUCAAAUAACUCAAUUGACAUUCGUCGCAGCGCAGUUCAUACAAUGGCGGGACCUAAGCCAGGCCAGAAGACAGUGCUAGUUACAGGUUGUACACCCGGUGGUAUUGGACAUGGAAUAUGCGUAGAGUAUCACCGUCAAGGUCUUCAUGUCAUCGCCACGGCGCGCAGACCUGAGGUUCUGGUUGACCUCGCUGAAAUGGGCAUGAGCGCCCUUGCGCUAGACGUCACUGAUGCUGAGAGCAUCAAACAGUGCCACGAGGAGGUUACGAAGCUCACAGGCGGAAAGUUAGACAUUCUCGUCAACAACGCCGGUCGGACACACACCCACCCGGCAACAGACAUCUCACUCCCAGACGUCCGUCAAACAUUCGAGACGAACGUCUUCUCGAUCAUGGCCAUGGUGCAAGCCUUCAUCGAUCAUCUCAUAGCUGCCAAGGGUCUAAUCAUCAACAUCUCAUCUCUCUCAUCGCUAACUCCUUACGUCUUCGGCUCCGUGUACUGUGCCAGCAAGGCCGCUGUUGCGGGGUACUCGCGGACGUUACGCAUGGAGCUCGCACCCUUCGACGUGCGCGUCAUGUGUUCGAUGACAGGCACCGUGAAGAGCAACACCGCCAGCCAAGGGCACCGCGAGCUCCCCGAGAACAGCUUGUACCAGUCCGUCAAGGACAUCUUCGAGUGGCGGCUCGUGUUCAGCCAAAAUAACUCUACUGUCCCGACCGAGCAGUUCGCCCGGAGACUGGUCGCGGACUCGCUGCGCCCCGAAAGGCCCGCGUUCCUGAGGCGCUGGUUCGGCCGCCCGGAUUGGUUCUGGUAUGGUGGAUUGGCGGAUUUGGCGUGGUUGGGGACGUGUAUUGGUGAGUGGGUGAUUGAUGCGGUUUCUUGGCGGACGUUCCGGAUGCCGGAGAUUGUGAAGUUGCUGGAUCAGCAGCAACAGCAGCAAGUGCAGAAGAAAUUACAGUAAGCUUCCAACUCACGGCUUCGGCUAUGGAAGGAUGGGCAUCGUGGGUUACCGUGUACUGUAGGUAGAGUCGGCGUUGGAACGUUCUGGAAUUGAUUACACUGAUUCGGUGUGUUGCCU